CACACGCACGCACGCACACACACACACCUGCGCGCCUGACUUCAGCUGCGGGUCUCAGCGACGCACCGGGGACCAAAGGAAAUGGGGAGUUUGCUGGGAGGCCUGGGCCUCCUGCUCUUCGUCUCUGUAUUCUUCUCACGCUCCCACUCUGCCGCCAUUGGAGCCAACGGCACCCAACCAGGAUUCUGUGGAGUGCCCGCUAUGGGGCGAAUCAUGGGUGGCAUGAACGCCGAGCAUGGACAGUGGCCCUGGCAGGUAUCCCUGACCAGCAGCAGCAGCGGCCGUCACCUCUGUGGAGCGUCUCUCAUUGCCCCCCAGUGGCUAGUCACAGCGGCACAUUGCUUCCCUGCGAGGGCUGAAAUUGAAGACUACGAUGUCGUCCUGGGGGUCCAUCGGCUGAACGACCCCCCAAACGACCUGCAAGUUAUGCAGGUGGAGCAAGUGAUUAAGCACCCUGACUACGUGGAAGAAGAAGGCUCUAAAGGGGACAUUGCCCUGGUGAAGCUCAAGAAGGCAGUGAACUACAGCCGAACAAUCCGGCCCAUCUGCCUGCCCGCCUCUUCGGUCGUCUUCCCGGCUGGCAUGAAGUGUACCGUCACCGGCUGGGGGAACGUGCUUGUAUCCACAAGCCUCCCCACACCCAAGACGCUACAGCAGCUUGAAGUGCCCAUUAUUGGGAUAGACACUUGCAAGUGCCUGUACAGGCGAAACCCUGAUCCCGAGGAUCCUCUCACCGUCCACGACGACAUGAUCUGUGCUGGCUUUGCUGAGGGGAUGAAGGAUGCAUGCCAGGGUGACUCUGGAGGACCUCUUUCCUGUCGUAUUGGCAAUGCUUGGCUGCUGGCCGGAGUGGUGAGUUGGGGGGACGAAUGUGGAGCCCCCAACAGGCCUGGUAUCUACAGCCGCAUCUCAACCUAUGCCGACUGGAUUCAGGCAAAUGUUCCAGAGGUGCAGCUCAGCCAAGUGACUUCCGAUGUGCAGCCCAUCUCGGAGGAGGGCAUGUGCUCUGACACUCCUGACACGAGCCGGCCUGGACCUUACGAUGACAUCCAGCCUCAGCCAGGCUGGUCCCGGCCCAUCCACCCGACAAACCCUGCCUCGGGCAGCGCUGCGUCCUGGGCCUGCAUGUCCAGCCUGCCUCUUCUUGUCCUCUUCCUUCAGACCUUCCACUAUUUCUUAUGAAUCGUCCCUCCAGUGGGCCAAAUGACUGAUUGUGUAGCGGGGGGAGAGCAGUCCCUUCCUACUCCGUGCUCAAGUGGGUGGUCCCACUAUUUCACAUUCUGCCAUGCCUCAGGUUUUUUCGCUUUGCUCUCUGGAAGCAUGUGAUGCUCUUGGUACGAUUACAAAAUGGCAGCCUUGUUCUGGAGCAGAGGGUUCCGCCAAGCCACGAAGGUUCAGUCCAAUGUGCACUCGAGGUCUGCUUAGUAUGUAUACCUUACAUUCCAACUUGCUGUUUCGUUCUUCCCUUUGACAUGUUAAUUUAUGACAAUCCCCUGGGCCUGCUGCUGGAGAACUUGCUCUGCCUCAGCACAAUUGCAGAAGCCAUGAAUAGCAACCACCUCCUUGCCUCUUUGUUGAGGGCAGACUCACAUUAAGUUGUCUUUGUCUCCUCAUCAUGCCAGGUCCUGAUCUGCUCUCUGGGUCUUGGUUCUCAUUAAUCCUGGAUUUCACGGUUGUUACCAAUGUAUUCUUCACCCAAAUCCAUUUAUCUUGAUCUGCCUUCUGGUUAUCGCCCCUCAGCUUCCCCC